AUGGAACGCGAUUUCACCGUCCUCUUCCGCAUCCGACCCUCCUUCCACCCGUCCUCUUCUUCGCCCCUCAUCACAGCCGACGCCACCUCGAAGCAGGCCAUCGUUCUCGAGCCACGCUCCAACGUCCACACGUCGACCACGCACACCACGCACACGUUCGACUCGGAUCACUGCUACCUCCCCGAUGCUGCCACCGAAGCUCUGUUUGAAGCGCACGUCGAGCGCCUGAUUCCAUUUGUGCUAUCGGGCGGCUAUGCCACCGUGCUCGCCUACGGUCAGACUGGCAGUGGUAAGACGUUCACCCUGAGUGCGUGUUCGCGCCUCGCCAUCUCUUCUCUGUUCGCGGCCAAUGCGGGGGCUUGCAACAUCUCGGUGCAGGCGAUCGAGAUCUACGGCAAAAACAAGGUCAAUGACCUCUUUGAUGCAUCCAACGCCAAAGUGCUCAUUGCAGAAAACAUUGCUGGCAGCAGCACCUUUGCCAAAUCCACCACCAAGGCCGUCAGCAGCGCAGACGAGAUGCUGGCAGAGGUCGAAAAUGCCUGGUCGCAACGCAUCACUCGAGGCACCGAGAAGAAUCCUCAGAGUUCCAGAAGUCAUGCUCUCAUCCGCAUCUGCUGCCAGUCGAAGCGCGACAAGAACGCCACGCCGGGUGUGCUGCAACUGGUAGAUUUGGCCGGAAGCGAGCGAGCCGCCGAUCAUUCCUCUGCAACCGCAACUGCCGCGGGAACGAACAACGCUACACGGAUGGCAGAGACUGUGGCGAUCAACACGAGCCUCAUGACGCUCAAGAGCUGUAUUCGUGCACGAACGUGUCCCGCACCGCCUCCUUCCACCGGUGCUGGUGGUGGCGUGCCACACAUUCCCUUUCGCAGCAGCAAACUCACCCUGGCGCUCAAAGAGGCCUUCGACCUGUACUCGCGCCAACCGACGCACACUCUGUUCAUCGCCACCGCCUCGCCCGACGCCGUCGACGUUGCCGCCACACUCAACACUUUGCGAUACGCCUCGGCCCUCGUCUCGUCGCCACACUCCCGCAUUGAGCUGCAGCCAGACGCGCUCGGGAGAAACGUCUUCUUCUGGUCCCCCGCGCGUCUUUCAGAAUGGCUGCUCAAGUACGGCUCCCCCUUGCUUGGCUCACACACGGUUGAUGCGGUACUCGAGGGCAUGGACGGUGGCCGGUUUGCAAAGAUCCCCGAGGGAGAGUUCUACACGAGGAUCCAACACGCUCGUGAAUCCUCGGGCGCGAGUUGGACCGCGAAAGAGGAAUCCGAGGCCAAGGAGCUGUACCUGAAAUGGUGGAAGCUCGUCAUUGCCAGCCGUACCUUGUCGCAGAAGGCGCUCGAGCAGCAGUGGAAAUCGAGGCAGGCCGAGAAGGCGCAAAGGGAGGAAGAGGAGACCAGGCAGGAUAAAGAGGUGCAGCGCUUGCUGAGGCUGCCUGGCAUUGCUGCUGCGCCCACGAGCGCAUAG